UCCUUCGGUGACGAGAAAAGGGGUCCCGGAGCUUGCGCAGAACGGGGCUGGGAGAUUGUGGCGGAGGGGGGGCAGGGAGCGGGAGCUGCCGCCGCCGCCGGAGCUAACCGCGGGGACCGAGAUGCAGCUGCUGCCGCUCACCCCGUGUCUUCUGGCCGCUUCCCUCUUUGCUGCCCCUCCCCACAGGUUCCCCCUCUCCACUUCCUGGGGACCAUCAUGAAUGGUGCCCCUUCCCUGGAGGAUGGGGCCUUCCCCUCUCCUCCCCCCUUGCCACCACCCCCGCCCCCUAGUUGGCGGGAGUUCUGCGAGUCCCAUGCCCGGGCUGCUGCCCUGGAUUUUGCCCGCCGUUUUCGCCUCUACCUGGCUUCCCACCCCCAAUAUGCAGGGCCCGGGGCUGAGGCUGCCUUCUCCCGCCGUUUUGCUGAGCUCUUCCUGCAGCAUUUUGAAGCCGAGGUAGCCCGGGCCUCUGGCUCUCUCUCACCACCCAUCGUGGCUCCUCUGAGUCCUGGUGUGGAGAUCCCAGCACAUGACCUGUCCCUUGAGAGCUGUAGGGUGGGCGGGCCCCUGGCUGUGCUGGGUCCUUCUCGAUCAUCUGAGGACCUGGCCGGCCCCCUCCCUUCUUCAGUCUCUUCCUCUUCUACGACCUCCUCCAAGCCGAAGCUAAAGAAACGCUUCUCCCUCCGCUCAGUGGGUCGCUCUGUCCGCGGUUCAGUCCGUGGUAUCCUACAGUGGCGGGGGACUGUUGACCCUCCCUCCCCAGCCGGGCCCCUAGAGACCUCAUCAGGCCCCCCAGUGUUAGGUGGAAACAGCAAUUCCAACUCCUCUGGUGGAGCUGGGACCAUUGGCAGGGGACUGGCUAGUGAUGGAACAUCCCCGGGGGACAGAUGGACUCACCGUUUCGAGAGGCUGAGACUCAGUCGGGGAGGAGGGACCUUGAAGGAUGGAGCAGGGAUGGUGCAGAGGGAAGAGCUGCUGAGUUUCAUGGGGGCUGAAGAGGCAGCCCCAGACCCAGCUGGAGUGGGCCGGGGAGGAGGGGCAGCUGGGCCUACCUCAGGGGGAGGAGGGCAACCACAGUGGCAGAAGUGUCGCUUACUGCUUCGAAGUGAAGGAGAAGGAGGAGGAGGAAGUCGUCUGGAGUUCUUUGUGCCACCCAAGGCAUCUCGGCCGCGACUCAGCAUUCCCUGCUCUACCAUCACAGAUGUGCGGACAACCACAGCCCUGGAGAUGCCUGACCGGGAGAACACUUUUGUGGUUAAGGUGGAAGGCUCCUCAGAGUAUAUCCUGGAGACCGCUGACGCUCUGCACGUGAAGGCCUGGGUGUCCGACAUCCAAGAAUGCCUGAGCCCGGGACCCUGCCCUGCUACCAGUCCCCACCCCAUGACCCUCCCUCUGGCCCCUGGGACCUCAUUUCUUACAAGGGAGAACACGGACAGCCUGGAGCUGCCCUGCCUGAAUCACUCAGAGAGCCUGCCCAGCCAGGAUCUACUGCUGGGACCCAGUGAGAGCAAUGACCGCCUGUCGCAGGGGGCAUAUGGGGGCCUCUCCGACCGCCCCUCAGCAUCCAUCUCCCCCAGUUCUGCCUCCAUUGCUGCCUCCCAUUUUGACUCAAUGGAACUGCUUCCCCCAGAGUUGCCACCCCGCAUCCCCAUUGAAGAGGGACUCCCAGCAGGGACAGUGCAUCCCCUCUCGGCCCCCUACCCACCCCUGGAUACUCCAGAAACAGCCACAGGGUCAUUCCUGUUCCAGGGGGAGUCAGAGGGAGGUGAGGGGGACCAGCCCCUCUCAGGGUAUCCUUGGUUCCACGGGAUGCUCUCUCGACUCAAGGCCGCCCAGUUAGUACUGGCUGGAGGCACCGACUCUCAUGGUGUUUUCCUGGUACGUCAGAGUGAGACGAGGCGGGGUGAAUACGUCCUCACUUUCAACUUCCAGGGCAAGGCCAAGCACCUGCGUUUGUCACUGAACGAGGAAGGUCAGUGCCGGGUCCAGCACCUGUGGUUCCAGUCCAUUUUUGAUAUGCUCAAGCAUUUCCGGGUGCACCCCAUCCCUCUGGAGUCUGGAGGCCCCAGUGAUGUUGUCCUUGGCAGCUAUGUCGUGUCCUCCCAGCGACAGCAGGGUGAGCAGAGCAGGUCUGCAGGGGAGGAGGUGCCCGUGCACCCAAGAAGUGAGGAGGCCGAGAGCAGGCCGGGAGCCAUGCAGGGGUGUGCGAGGGAGAUCGAUGCUACCCCGAUGCCUCCUCCACCCUCAUGCCCUUCGGAGCGAGUGACUGUGUAACCGAACACCUCCCACGACUCACCCCCGCCCCCUGAACCCCCUUCAUGGACAGACCCCCCACAUCCUGGGGCAGAAGAGGCGUCGGGGGCGACAGAAGUGGCGGCAGCAACAGCCACAGCAGCCAAAGAGAGGCAAGAGAAAGAGAAAGUGGGCAGUGGAGGGAUCCAGGAAGAGCUGGUCCCCGUGGUUGAGCUGGUCCCCAUGGUUGAAUUGGAAGAGGCCAUAGCACCAGGCAUGGAGGUCCAGGGAGGCUCUGGAUCUGGUGGGGUCUCUGGGGCAACACUGAUGGUGCAGCUACAGCAGUUACCACUAGGGGGCGAUGGAGAAGAAGGGGGCCAUCCCAGAGCCAUUAAUAACCAGUACUCCUUUGUGUGAGACACCCUACCCCCACCCUUUCUCCACUUUCUUGCUCCCCAGCCCCCAGUUCCUGAGACUGGGGCUGAACAAGGACAUAGAGGAGCGGUAGGCAUCCCCUCCCCAUAUGCUUCCUUUCCCUUGAUGGCCAAGGGCAUAUAUGUUGGUACAAGAAGAGGUUCAAGAGCCCUGUCAACUCCUCAGUUCAUACACUACAGGUGCCCCAUCCCCUGGGGAGGGGGUUCGGGCUCCAUUACCUCCUCGAGGGGCUCUUAGGUCAGCCCCACCCCUGGGGGCCAUUUCCCCAUUAACUACCCCCCCAGCCCAAGGAAGGGUGAGGGGGAAGGGCUGUCAGUUAAUGUUAAGGUGGUUGUUGUUGUUGUUUUAAACAAAAUGGAGAAGCAUAAAUAAAUAAAAGGGUUUAUCUCAGUU